AGCUUCUCAUUUCUAAUGUAUGUUACACAAACAGGCCUUAAGCCUGCUACACUGGAUCCAGCAUUUGUGCACAGAGCAGCAGAUUCACCAGACCUUCCUGAACCUGAGGAUGUCACAGAGCAAGAGAACUGCCCAUUUUUGUGGGCGAGGUCACCUGAGAAGUUGCUUCAACAAGAUACCUAUCUGGCUCUUGCGAGCUCCUUCGUGCUACUGAAGUUACUCUACCUCCUUAUUCCAACGCUCAAUGCAUGUGCGGAGAGAACUUGGAGGAGGCAUAUUCGAUAUGCCAGCCUUCUGAGCUUGUGGGAUCAUUUCCAGGCUUACCUUCAGGAAGCCAAGCAGGGUUUAAACAGGUUGAAUCCGCGCAAGAGAAGCAAUCUUCAGGAAGGGGCAAUGAAUGCAAAGGCAUGGGCAUCCAAGUCAUUGGCAACGGUAUCCUUUAGGGAACCAAGCACUUCAAGAACACAACCAGCAGGUUAAGGAAGCAUGAAAUCUUUUUUUUUUUUUUUUUUUUUUUUUUUUUUUUUUUUUUUUUUUUUUUUUUGUAACAGCGUGUUUUAGUGUUAUGUAACAGUUUUUUGUAUAAAGAUCAAAAGUUUGUUAAACCCCUUGGGUUGCUUGCCGUAAUUCUUUGGUGCAGCCUCAGGAUAAUAAAGAUCAUUUUAAUAUUUUAACUA